AGACCAGGCUGGCCUCGAACUCACAGAGAUCUGCCUGCCUCUGCCUCCCAAGUGCUGGGAUUAAAGGCGUUCGCCACCAACGCCCGGCUGAGAAGGUGAUUUUCUAGAAGGGAAACUGUGCUCCCAGAACAAGGAAGAGUGUUGAGGGAGGCCUGGGGGAGGCAGAGCAGCAGUCAGCAGGGACCUUUGAGGAAGCUUAUUCAAUGCUGCGAGGGGCUGGGCCGGGUAUGGGCAACUGCCGGGUAGCACCCCUGUACUGUUUUACUAGCCUGGCAGUUGCUAGCCCAGGAGAGAACACUGACCCUUAAAGGCAUAGGCAUUGGGGUGCUUAGAUUAGGGAGGGAUGACAGAUGGGUUGGAAGCCAGCAUGUAAGAGGUGUUCCUUUCAUACCUGGUCCACCAUGAAGAAUGGGAUCCAGGCUGUAGAACGGCAUCAUUUUCUCAGCCCCCGCAUCCCAUGGUCUGGUCCAACUAUACUGUGAAAGGCUGGGCCUAGCUGGAACCUUGCUGCCUCAGAGGGGGGCCACCCUUGGGGGAGGGGUGUUUGCCGGUUGCUAAGGUACUGGGUUCCGGCCUCUCACAUUGACCACAGCCAUGCUGUACUCACUGUUCUUAGUGCCAUCACUGUCCCUGCUGGUGAUGCCUGUCCCUAGCCAUGCCUGGUCACGGCCCCUCUGGUACCAAGUGGGGCUGGACUUGCAGCCCUGGGGCUGCCAACCGAACAGCCUGGAUGGCUGCAGGAGCAGUCUGGGCUGCCCUGGUUACUGGAUGACCCUGGGAGGAAAUCGCAUCUACCCCGUGGCUGGGAUCACCAUCACAACCACCAUGAUGCUGGUCAUCAGUCGUGUGAUGUUGCACCGGUGGCGUUCCCAGGUUGCCAAGGGUCAGCUCCCCCAGGUGACUCCCAGCACCUGCAGGCACUGGAAACGGCAGGCGGCUGUCUCGGACCGCACCCUGGUCCUCAGGGUUCUUCACAUGCUGGACGCCAUCCUGCUCCACAUUGAGGGCCACCUGCAGCGCCUGGCUUCCCAGCAACAAACUCAAAUAAAAGAGACUCCCACCCAGUCUGGGUGACCCAA